AUGUUGGCUGACGAGAUCGCGGACAGGAUGACUCUUCAAGCCUUGCUUGUUGGGGCUGUAGUAGCCCUCUUCAUCUAUCUAUUCGGUGUCAUUGUCUAUCGUCUCUACUUCCACCCUCUUGCAGCUUACCCUGGGCCAUUGCUUGGGAGGGUGACACACUGGUACGGCGUGUAUCAUGCAUCGAGGGGUGAUAACCAUUUGAAUGUGUACAAUCUUCAUAAGAAAUAUGGAGAAAUUGUACGCAUAGCACCGAAUCUGGUGACUAUCAACAAUGCACAAGCAAUCAAAGACAUCUACGGGGUCAACAGAAACGUGCAAAAGGGCCUCUUGUAUCAGGCAUCAGCGAAGCUCACGGGAUUCCCCAACAGCUUCAGCGCCGUCGAUCGACAGCUGCAUGCCCACAGGAGGCGUGUUCUGGCCCCUGCCUUUACCGACGCUGCGUUGCUGUCCAUGGAGCCUCACAUCCUGCAUCACAUCCGGCGGUUUUUCGACGUGGGGAUCCUCGGUGGUGGCAACGCGGAACCCUGGUCGGUCGAGGUGGACAUGAGUCACUGGGGGAAUUACCUGACCUUCGACGUCAUGGGCGAUUUGGCCUUUGCAAAGGAUUUCGAUAUGCUCGGCGGCAAGGAGAGUCGAGCACUGCCGGAUUUGAUUGAUUCGGCUCUGCACGGCCAGUUGAUUGCUGGCUCGAGUCCGACCGUUCUCAACUGGAAUCUGCUUCCUUUCCUGUUCCCUAAGAUAUAUGCCAUGAGCAAAUACCUCAAGCGGUUUGCCGGAGACCAGAUUUCGGAUCGCCUGACACGCGAGACGCCAAAGAAGGAUUUCUUGCAUUAUAUUCUGCGAGCCAAGAAUCCAGAUGGGACCCCAGCAAAAUUGUCUCCAACAGAUCUCGGAUCGGAGGCGGUGGCAUUGAUCAUUGGCGGGUCUGACACCACCGCGACACAGUUAGCGGCCAACUUCUUCUACCUCACACACAACAAGGACAAACUGGUCAAACUCUGCGCGGAGAUUCGCUCCACUUUCCCCUCCGUGGACGAAAUCAAGCUCGGACGUCAAUUGGACAGCUGCCGUUACUUGAAAGCCACAGUUGAAGAGACUCUCCGUUUCAGCCCCAGCCUCCCUGGCGUCUUGCCACGCGAAGUCCUCCCGGGAGGUCUCACGGUCGAUGAUCGCUUCUUCUUUCCACCGGGCGUCGAGGUUUCGGUGCCCGUGUACGCUCUCCAUCAUAAUGCCGAAUACUUCCCCGACCCGGAUGUGUGGAAGCCGGAGCGCUGGAUACCCGAAGAGGUGGGCGAGGACGCAGUGAAGAAGAGUUACGCGGCAUUCACGCCUUUCUCGUAUGGGUCGAGACAGUGCAUUGGAAAGCGAUUGGCGUAUAUCGAACUGUGGAUCACAAUUGCGAGGGCCGUUUACCUCUUCGACAUGGAGUACGUGGGAGGAGGGAUCGAAGAUAGACCGGCGAGUUCCAAUGUUGCGGAAUACAAGAUGCUCGAUCAUCUAGCUGCGGCGAGGGAGGGGCCGGUGAUUCGGUUUCGGAUUAGACCGAGUGACUGA